AUAAUAGUAACAGAAGAGAAUGAGCUACGGUGCUGUGCGGGGCCAAAGCUGCAGGUUCCUGUAUCUUGAUGUUGGCUGCAUGUGGAUGAGGAGGAGGGGGAGGAGGGGGAGAUAGGAUGUGACACCGCCUUGCGUUGAUGACGCUUGCCAUCGGGAGACAUUUGGACAGCCUGUGUAACCCAUAUACCGAGCAACAAAUGGUGUGUGUGCGCUGGAGACCUAAUGCAGGAGUUAGGAGGAUGUUUCCGCCGACUGAGUGGCAUUAAUGAUCCUCCGCAGAGCCUGCUGCAGGGGCACAAACCGCGCGGUAUCAUCUGUUGAUCGGAUUGGAGACAAUUAAAGCGCAUUAUGAUGAGCCGCAGCGGUCCGACUUACAGGUGAAAUUUGAGGAGAGUGAAAUGAUUCCAAAGUCAGGAAAAUCUCCAGCAGACUCGAGGAAAAGCGUCGGCAUCCAUGAGUUUGCAGCACUUGCCAGAUCCUCCUUAAAUGGCAUCUCUCAGGCAGUGAGGGACCAUGUGACGAAGCCGACCUCUCUGGCUCAGGGCCGGGUCGCCCACCUCAUUGAGUGGAAAGGUUGGCCUAAACCUGCGAACCCACCACCAGCCGCCCACUUCAGCUCCUACUGCCAUCUGACUGAAGGAGAGAAGGAGGCCCGGUUUGCUGCAGGAGUGGCUGAGCAGUUUGCCAUCGCUGAGGCUAAGCUGCGUGCCUGGGCGUCUAUAGAUGAUGAUGAUGAGGAAGACUGUGAAGACUAUGAGGACGCCCACACCAAUGGACAUACUCAAAACUUCUCCAGCCAGAGCGCAGACGCCACCACGUCCAAUCCGAUCAGCGGAGCGCCGUGCCAGCCUGAGGUGGAUGCUGGUGAGGCGCCGGCCUCCGACAGCCUCCUGUGCUCCAGCAUUAGCAGCAGCAGCAGCAGCAGCAGCAGUGGCAGCCUGCUCUGUGGGAGGCCUGCGUCUCACAGUGACCCACAUUCAUCCAAGACCAAUUCACCUACUUUACCCAGCAAUUGCAUGACUCCCUUCCUGGAGGAGGAAGAGGAGGAGAGGCUGGAUACUCUUGAGGAGCAGCACGGUGUGGUCUGCGUCCACCAAAAGCCUGAGUGGAGGCCUCGGGCCAGGAGCAGCAGGUUCGACUCCUGCUACUCCACUUCGCACUCUGAGUCUCCUGGGGAGGAGGAUGAGGAGGAUGAAGAGGAGGAAGGCAGCGUGUUUCACGAGUUUCGAGCGUGGCAUUCCAGUGGGAGAAGCUUCUUCUCCGAUCGGGCUUCCUCUGGAGUGGCGUCCUUCGAUGAAGAGGAGGAGAGGGAUGAGGUAGAGGAGAAGAAAGAGUAUUUGAUGUGAUGUGUUGUCCAUCUUUAUGUAUCUUUGAGUCCGUGUUGAUUCUGGAUAUCACAUAAUAUAUUCUGCUUUCACUGUUAAAGGGCUAGUUCGGAUUUUGUGAAUCAGGGUUAUAUGAUCCAUAGUCAGUGUGUCGAUGGUGAUCGGCAUGCCUUCAGUUUGAAGAAGCAGGCAGGAGUACCAGCAAAAAAAAAAGAAGUGGUUCUGCGUUUUUUUCUUUUUUAAAGCCACCAGACUCCAUUGACAAAAAC